GGUUACACACCGUCGGGUCCUACAGCGGUUGGUUGUCUGUCGCGUUCUACACGUCAUUGUGACGCGCUAACAGUCGCGCUUUACUUUAAACAGCCGUUGACUUUUCUCUCUCGUAGUGAAGCAGGGUCAGGAUGACAGAAAACGACGUAGAUAACGAGUUGUUGGACUACGAGGAUGAUGAGGUGGAGGCCGGAGGGGCUGGAGAUGUUGGAGGUGCAAGUGACGUGUCGAUAAGAAAGGAGGGGGUGAAGGGCUCUUAUGUGUCCAUUCACUCCUCUGGAUUCAGAGACUUUCUAUUGAAACCUGAACUGUUGAGAGCCAUAGUGGAUUGUGGGUUUGAACAUCCGUCUGAGGUUCAGCAUGAAUGCAUCCCUCAGGCAAUCCUGGGUAUGGAUGUGCUCUGUCAGGCCAAGUCUGGGAUGGGGAAGACUGCAGUGUUUGUUCUUGCCACCCUGCAGCAGCUAGAGCCCAUCACCGGACAGGUCUCUGUACUGGUGAUGUGCCAUACCAGAGAGCUGGCGUUUCAGAUCAGCAAGGAAUAUGAGAGAUUUUCAAAGUACAUGCCGACUGUCAAGGUGGCAGUGUUCUUUGGAGGGCUGCCUAUAAAGAAGGACGAAGAGGUGCUGAAGAAAGACUCUCCUCAUAUUGUGGUGGGAACACCAGGCAGAAUCCUGGCACUGACGCGCAACAAGACGCUCAAUUUGCGUCACAUGAAACAUUUCAUCCUGGAUGAGUGUGACAAGAUGCUCGAGCAGCUUGACAUGCGCCGAGAUGUCCAAGAGAUUUUCCGUAUGACUCCCCACGAGAAGCAGGUCAUGAUGUUCAGCGCCACCCUGAGUAAAGAGAUCCGUCCAGUCUGCAGAAAGUUCAUGCAAGAUCCGAUGGAAAUCUUUGUAGAUGAUGAAACCAAGCUAACUCUGAAUGGGCUGCAGCAGUACUACGUCAAGCUGAAGGAUAAUGAGAAAAACAGAAAGCUCUUUGACCUCCUGGACGCACUAGAGUUCAAUCAGGUGGUGAUCUUUGUGAAGUCCGUCCAACGGUGUGUAGCUCUGGCUCAGCUGCUUGUGGAGCAGAACUUUCCAGCGAUUGCCAUCCAUCGAGGGAUGCCUCAGGAGGAACGUUUGUCUCGCUACCAGCAGUUCAAGGACUUCCAGAGGCGAAUCCUGGUGGCCACCAACCUGUUUGGACGAGGGAUGGACAUUGAGAGAGUCAACAUUGCCUUCAAUUAUGACAUGCCAGAAGACUCUGACACUUACCUUCACAGGGUUGCUCGAGCAGGCAGGUUUGGAACGAAAGGCCUGGCCAUCACAUUUGUGUCUGAUGAAGGUGACGCCCGCACGCUCAACGAUGUCCAGGACCGCUUCGAGGUGAACAUCGGCGAGCUGCCAGAAGAGAUAGACAUCUCCUCGUACAUUGAAUCAGCACGAUAAAUGAGCUGGACGCUCCAGUUGGACUUCCAUUCACUUUGCAGUUUUACUCUAAUGGAAGAUGCAGACUUUGUUCGUAUAAACCCUGGCAUGUCCAACAGCAGAUAUUUACCCAAGCCUGUGCUUAUUGAAAGGAAGAAAGCAGGGGCACAGCUCCCUCUGCAGGAAUGAUUCAGAAUAGACUUUGUAUGAUAAUAUUUAAGUUUCUAAUGUCGGUAUUUGUUAAUAUAUAAUUCAAGUUAUCUGUUUUUUUAGGUGUGAGUGGAAGUACCAGAGGUAGUUUAGUACUGACAGUAGAAAGGCACUGUUUACUGCUGUGGAUUAAUAAAGUUUGUCUGGUAAGGUCUCCUUUAUUCUUCAUCCUCUCUUUUAAAUCAACAUCCACACUCGUGCUGUUGGGAUACGUGCACAGUGUGUUUGUUAUCGUCUGACACUGACUUGUCAGGAUGGCAGCACAGUUUUCUUUAAAACCUCUACAUAUCAUUAACGGUGCUUUCACCAAUAUUUACGGCAUAGGUGUAAAUUGAACGUCAUAAUAUCAUGCAUGUGGGAUUUUUAACUGCUGACAGGAAGUUUGAUUCCUUCUCUAGAGCACACACCCAUCCAUCGUUUCCAAAAGGAAUCUCUUAUGUUUAACAUCAUUAUUUGGAGUUAAAAUUAGGUUAGAUUUGUGAGUCAUUGUGAUUUUACUUUCAACCUUUUAGUACGAUCUGUUGUAUAUUUGUUUGUUUUUAAAUCCAAGCCUUGUUGAAGACAGCAUCUUGGACCAGGUAUACUUGUGAACAGCGCCUUUUAAAUUUGAGCCCCGAUCGUAUCUGGUAGUCUUGCAUACAGAGGUUUUUUCACAGCGCGUCGGCCACCUUAACUCUAUGAAUCAACCAAAUAACUGACGAAGCUGAACGAAGACGUCUCAUCACAGCUCAUUUGGCACAACACAGAAUAAUGUCUGUAUUUUUUUCAUUCUUUAGAUGUGGUCUGGUCACAUAGGGUGUAGUGCCCUGUGUGCUUUUGAGUGUGAUCUUCAGUCAGUGCCGCUAUUACGCUCCAAAUGAAGAAUGAUCACUGUGGACACGCAUGGAUAUGAGAACUGAAAAUUUCCUUCAAUAUGUGGACAAAUAUCAAAAUAGUGGAUUUUAUUUGUAAUGUAAUAAAGUUAUAAACACAUCAGGCAGUGGUUUUACACAUCACCAUACAGAAAUGGGUAUCAGUCAAUCAUGUAGAUAAUCUCCCAAAGCUAAUUACAGUACAGUGAUAACCAUCUGUAGCUACCUCACAGACUUCCUGUUGCAGAAACUAUCAAACACUGGUUGGUUUUUCUACAAACUGCACUUUGAAGCUGUUUCAGGGCGAUCAUGAUGUCAGUGAAAUUUGAAGUUAAUUUGCAGCUUUACAUCCUUCAUUAACCUUCUACAGAUUGACACACCUGAAGGAAGCGUGGUGGAAAAACACUGUAACCCUUUGAAAUUUAGUGUUUUUCCAGUAAAGCAUGGCUGUAAUUCACACUGGAGUGACAGGUGGUCUACUCAAAGUUGUCUUUUUCUUUUUAAGAUUAGACUUCUGCUUGAGCAGGAUUAGAGCUCCAAUUUUAAGCAGCUUUCUGAACCAGGAAAGCCACUAACCAUCCCCACAGACUGACCUACGUGAGGGUUUGUGGGCAGGUAUCACAGGGGCUUUCUUGUCAAACUACACUUUAACAUUAUUCACAGAAGUUCAUCAGAGUUCGACAGCAUGACGGCCUCCGAGGAGUCUCGUUACCCUAUGUUGGUUUGAUAGUGAAGACUUCGUGCACUUACACACCUGCUGUUUUUCCCGUGUAAAUGCUUCUAACAAUGUCACCUCCUCAUUAAAACAGCGGUUUCUCA